AUGUCAGAUGACAUCGAGAAUCGCUCAACAUAUGUUGAAGAUGGAGAUUGGUUUACUACCACGUCAGCGGAAGAAGAGGACGCCAACUUUCAUCCGGGAAGCUCGUCGUCGUUAUUGGAUGAGUUAUUGUCACCUCCUGCCUAUGGUGCGAAAGAUGAAGAUGCACAACACAUGGUUGAUUGCCAUGAUUAUACGAACAGAAUCCAUGAACAAGAAGAUAGACCGGCGCAUGAGGGUAGAAAUAGUCCUACUGGAGGUCGGCAAGAGCGAAGAGAGCAAGACCAACAAGAGGAACAAGACGGGGAAAGAAGACAGCCAACAAGCUGGAGUGCAGGCUCGGGUACAACAACGACGUCGAGAGGCUUGGAUGUAGAUGGGAAAGAGGCCACAUCGGAGCGCCUUUUGUCUGUGCGCGAAAUGCAAGAUUUGCUCAAAGGUGAACUAUCUUGUUCGAAGAACAAUUUUAGCAAUGCGAUUGCGACGAAUGGGAACGACACGACCGCACACGAACACAACCACACCUCUCCAGCGCAGUCCUCUGUACAUGCAGUUGUGAGAGCUUGGGCUGAUAAGCUCGAACAUUUGCAAUGUCUUGUUUCCUGCAUUCAAAAUUGCGACAUAACCCUAAGCCCUCUAUGGGACGCGGAAUGUCUCUCCUUGGAGCGCCUGGCAUUGAAAAUGAGAACGACUGCGGAAAAUGGAGUAGGAGUUGUUGAUCAUGCUCAACCCUGUAUCGAAUCAUGAAGUAGGUCUGGGUGGCAGUAGUAGCGGCAGUAGUGUA